AUGGGUCUUGCCAUCAGCCUAGUAGCGACAUGCAAAGAAAAGGUUUGGUAUCACGCAAACUGUGCAAGUCGUGGACGUGGGUGCUUCGACACACGAGUGUUAAAUGCUGGUGGGUGCUGUAUAUGGUACAAUGAGCGCCAGUUAUUGGGAGAAAUUGAGGAGCAUCUUGGUGUUACCAUUGAUACUGUUUCCAACGACCUACUAGUUCCUACCAACGAAUUUGACGGAAAAGUUGUCUAUGGAGAGAAGUUGAAAAGUGCGGCUCCGGCUUAUCAGAGCCAUACGGACGUGCUGAAAGUUGCGCUGAAAGACCUUAAUAGGAUGGAAAAGACGACUCAGAUCAGCUUCUUGAAUCUUAGAUAUGGGAAUAUUUUGAAAUGCUAA